UUUUCGUAUUUUCGUCUGAAUUUGUUUCGUUAAAACAAAAAAUGCCAAAAGUUUUUCUAACCAAAGAGAAUCGUCGACUAAUCCGAAUCAUGUUACAUUAUCGUCAUAUGUUUUUGUAUCUGAUGAAACAUUAUGCCGAUGAAAUUGAUGAUUUGUUUGAAAAAGAUUCGGAAAAAGAUAAUUUCAAAACGACUGUAGAAUAUUGUGAUAAAUGGUUCGAAAAAAUUACUUCUAAUGCUGAGGAUAGAAUAAAUCAGCUAAACAAAUUGAUUGUUGAAUUAAUUGAAGAAACUGAAUCAUCUUAUGGUUCACAUCGAAAAUUGAUGAAAAUUGAUCUAGAUCGACAAAUUAUAUCGAAUUCAAAAAAGAAUGGUAAUGGAAAAGAUAAGAAAACAAAUUCUCAAAAACGUAAACGACAAGCAGCAGAUUCAGAAUCUUCAACAAAAAGCAACAAGAAAAAAUGUCUCAAUCUAGAUUCGGAAACGAAUAAUAAUUAUAAUGACGAUGAUGAUGAUGAUAAUGAUAAUGUUGAAGAGAAAAAACAGACGGAUAAACAAUCUGAUCCUGACACACAACAAGAUAAUAACAUUGGCAUUGAUAAUGAUGAUGAUGGUGAUACAACCUUCGAUAUAUUUGGCAUAGCAAUGCAAUAUACUUGUUCAUUGGGAUGUAGAUUUCGUAGUACAUCGAUGAAAAAAAUCAAAAAUCAUGAAUUAUUAGUCCAUAGUGGUGAAAAAAAAGUUCAUAAAUGUUUAUAUAAAAAUUGUGGCGGACAAUUUAAAACGAUUUAUGAUCUUGAAAAACAUUCAAUGAAAAUACACGAAAUUUUCAAAUGUUCCUUUGGAAAUUGUGUAUCAGAAUUUGACAGCGAGUUUUAUCUAAAAAAACAUUAUAGACUGAAACAUGAAAAGGAAUCGGUAAUAUGUAAAGAAUGUGAUAGAAAAUUUCCAAAUUGUACUCGAUUACGUAAACAUAUCUAUUUAUUCCAUGAAUAUGAUGAUUAUCAUUGUGAUUAUGAUGGAUGCGAUUUUUCUACAACACUUCGUUUGGAUUUAUUCAACCAUAAACGUACUAAACAUUUGCACAAAAAAUGUGAAUUUGAUGGCUGCAAUAGUAUUCUAUCCAUAAGCGGUUGUUCUAUACAUAAAAAAUUACAUACAAAAGCUAAAACAUAUCAAUGUUCAUGGCCUGAUUGUGGUAAAUGUCUUUAUGAUUCAAAAUCAUUGAAAGAUCAUAUUCGUAUUCAUUUAAAUUUCAAACGUUAUCGUUGUAAAUGGCCAGAUUGUGGUUAUGCUUGUGAACAGAAAACCAAUAUGAUCACACAUAUACGUAUAAGACAUUUUAAACUACCACAUACAAAAAAACGUCAAUUAGAAUUGAAUAUUUCAACGGAUUCAUAUCCAAAUCCAAAUGAAUAUAUUGAAACGGUUAAUGAAGAUAUCUAUAUGAAUAAUCGAGGAAAUCACUAAUUAUCAUCUAUCAUCUACGUUAAUUUAUAAAUUUUUUUUUCAAUAAUCAAAAUUUAAAAUUUUCAUUUUUUUGUUUCUUUUUCACAAUAAACACGUGUUUCACCCCCUAA